AUGAUUGGCAAGAGACGAGCCCUUGCCAGAACCAAGAAAAUGGAAGAAGGGCAAAACACAAGAAUUCGUUUCCUAUAUUCCGUUUUCAUCUUUCUAUUUUCAACUUCAUCUUCAUGCUUGAUCAGAAUUGAAAGCAGUGGUCAUGACUAUGAAGGCCUAUCCUACACUGCUUCUCUCCCAUUUGUUGUUCUCAAUCUCAUAAAUUUUCGAUCAAUCAGCGUUGACAUAGAAGAUAACAGUGCUUGGGUUGAAUCUGGAACAACAGUUGGUGAAUUGUACUACAGAAUUGCAGAGAAAAGUCCAGUCCAUGGAUUCCCUGCUGGGGUUAGCCCAACAAUUGGGAUUGGUAGGUAUAUAAGCGGAGGUGGGCUUGGUAAUAUGUUGAGGAAAUAUGGUUUGGCUGCGAAUAAUAUCCUUGAUGCACGUAUAGUUGAUGUUAAUGAUCGAAUACUUGAAAGAGAAUCCAUGGGAGAAGAUCUAUUUUGGGCCAUUAGAGGAGGUGGAGGGUCAAGCUUUUGUGUUGUUCUUUCAUUGAAAGUCAAGCUUGUUUAUGUCCCACCAACUGUGACUAUUUUCAAAGUUGCAAGAGCCUUAGACCAAAGUGGUACAAAGCUUGUGCAUAAGUGGCAAAAAAUUGGACCAAAAAUGGAUGAGAACCUGUUUGUCAAAUUAAUUGUUGACGCUGCAGAUGGAGGAAAUAGAACACUCAAAGUCACAUUCAAUUCUGUAUUUCUAGGGAGAGCUAAUCAGCUGCUUCAGACAUUGGAAAAAAGUUUUCCUAAAUUGGGUUUGGAAAUUAGUGACUGCAAAGAAAUGAGCUGGAUUGGAUCUGUUAUGUAUUUUUCAGGGUACCCAGAAAGAACAACAAUAGAAGCACUAAGGGAUAGAGUACCGCAGAGAAGGAACUUCUUCAAAGCUAAAUCAGACUUUGUGAAGGAACCCAUUUCGGAAUCCGCACUGGAAAAUAAUGCAUAUGUGAUGGAGUAUGCAUAA